CGUUUUGCUUUUUAGUUAUUACAGUAGCAAAUCUAGCUGCUGUUUGAGUGUUACUUGAUGAGUUCACGGCUAAUUUUAACACGUACAACAGUAUAAGCACGAGAGGGAGUGCAAUGCUGUAAUAGGGCAGAUGAGGGAUGAUAAAAUUCGUCGGCUGGAGAGCCUUAUGGAUGGCAUUUUACCUUCUGAGGAGUUCAUGGAGGAAGAGCUAGCAUCACUUAUGCACGAACAUGAACUUUUGAAGCAGAAAUAUGAGAAUCACCUUGAUGUCUUGAUGACAAAUGUUGAGCUAAAAAGGGUUCUAGCUGAACUGGAACGUUAUCGAAACUUCUAUGAUUUGGGUGAAAGGGAUGUUCUGAUGGAAGAGAUUCAAGAUUUAAGAAACCAAUUGCAGUAUUAUGUUGACUCUUCAUGCCCAGCCGCUCUGAAAAGAAAGUCAAUAUUGCAGUUAACAUAUCCAUGUGAGCCCAGUGUCCCUCUACCUCUUACUGGAUUUCCGGAGGCAACUGAGGAGAGUGCUGAAAUGAAACUCGAACGGGAGAGGAUUUGCUGGACUGAGGCGGAGAGCAAGUGGAUUUCUCUUGCCGAAGAAUUGAGAACUGAACUUGAUGCUAGCAGGAUGCUAGUUGAAAAAGCAAGGCGGGAAUUAGAGAUGGAGGAGAGAUGUGCUGCAGAGUUGAAAGAAGCAAUGCAAAUGGCCAUGGAGGGACAUGCACGGAUGCUUGAACAAUAUGCAGAUCUCGAGGAGAAACAUAUUCAUUUACUUGCUCGGUACAGGAAGAUCCAAGAAGGAAUAGAUGAUGUCAAGAAAGCUGGAGUCAGGGGUGCUGAGUUGAAGUUUAUAAAUGCCCUUGCUGCUGAAAUUUCAGCGGUGAAAGUGGAAAGAGAAAAAGAGAGGCGGUAUCUUAGAGAUGAAAAUAAAGCUCUUCAGGCUCAAUUAAGGGAUACUGCUGAAGCUGUGGAAGCGGCCGGAGAAUUACUUGUGAGGCUGAUAGAUGCAGAAGAAGCUAUAUUCUUCUAUAUUUUUUUGAAGCAAAAUUGAUCGGUGUAGAAAUUGCAAAAAAUCAAAACUCUAUAU